AUGCCCUCUGAUUCCCUCCCCAGCGUGGCCGUCGACGCAGUCAACGAAGCGACCUUCCGCAGCAUGCAGCGCGUGCUCGCCUCCCUCAUCGGCCCGCACACCGACCUCGGCGACCUCGACGACCUCGAAGACCUCACCCAGCGCGCCUGGUCCAUCACCGACCGAGCCUUGGCCAUCGAAGCGCGCGCCGCUGCCUUCGAGGCCCUCGAUACCCUCCACACGCGCCCGGAGAGGCGCACGCGCGCCCUCGUCAACGUCCACGCGUACGGCGACCACCCGCCGGCCCGGGCCGGAUGGCAGCAGUUCAGCACGACUGACCGCGGCACCGACUUCAACCCGGCGCUCGUCAGGCCCCAGCUGGCGCCGUACAUCCCCCCCUGGAGGACGACGCGCCGCGGCGGCACUCGCGUCCACGUCGACUACGCUGCGCUGCUUGACGACAUGAUGCCGUUCUCGGUCCGCGGCGGCAGCAAUGUGCGCGGUAGAGGCGCCAUGGGCACGACGCGUGAGCCCCUGCCUUGGGUGUAUGCGACCGAGGCCGAGGCGCUGCGCCAUGUCCAUGAACUCCAAGACCUCAUCCUCUGGUGCACCAACCCCACCGGCGACCUCUCGGGCCCCACCAAGCAGUUCCUCUUCGACAGCGCCAUCCCCAUGAUCCUCAACUACAUUGACGAGGUGCACGCCACGCUCCGCGGCGAUCUGCGCCGCCCGCGCAGCUACGAGUUGUCGCCGUUGGACAUCACCGCCCCCCGCGCGAGUGCCGACGAGGCCGACGAGAAUGGGUUUGUGCCGUAUUUCAGCGGCGGCAACCCCGGUUUCUCCUUCUACAUGUAG